AUAUUAACCAGACUGGCUUCAGAGCAUGCGUGAAGGAGUUAUUUGUGAACCAGCGUGAUCCUCUCUCAGUUUCGUAUGCAGUUAUGCCAGAUGUGUGUGAGCCAGGUUGGAGUUUCUACAAUGGUUCAUGUUACUACACUAGUGAUACUUGUAAGACAUGGUCCAAAGCCAGUGCAAUCUGCAGAGGCAUGGGUGCUAACUUGCCCGCUAUCGAAAGUCAGGAGGAAAAUGUCUAUAUUCAACACAGACACAAUGGCGACAAGGCCUGGAUCGGUUUGAAUGACAUUGCUACAGAGGGAUUGUUCACUUGGGUGGAUGGGUGUCCAGAUAAGUUCCGUUACUGGGCGGAGAGUCAACCUAAUGACUUUCAGGGGGAGGACUGCGUACACACUCUUGGUCCCAGUCAUGGAUACAUGUGGAAUGACGUGGAUUGCUCGACUUGUCACCAAUAUACAUGUAAAAAAGAUUAUGAUGAAUGCAGCAGCUCGCCAUGUUUGAAUGGUGGAACUUGCGUUAACAAGAAGAGAAAUUUUACCUGUAUCUGCCCUCGCACUCACAAAGGAAGAUCAUGUGAUGAGUUUGACGAAUGUUCCAGUAGUCCCUGUCUAAACGGUGGAACCUGCACUGACGGGAUUAACAAUUACACGUGUUCCUGUCCUUCUCCGUUUUUCGGACGUCGAUGUCAGGAAACGGAUGAAUGUAAGUCCAAUCCAUGUCUCAACGGUGGAACAUGUGUGGAUGGAGUUUACAACUUUACUUGUGUUUGCCCAAGCAUGUUCAAUGGAUGGCGUUGUGAAGCUGUUACAGGAACAUCGUGCAAAAUUCUCCUGGAUGCUGGUUAUACCUCAAGUGGAUCGUACUCUUUGAAAGUCAAUAGCAAUUCUUUUCAGGUAUAUUGUGACAUGUCCAACAGUGGCGGUUGGACGCUCAUCUCACGUUUCUCUAAUGCUGAUAGCAAAAACUGGAUGCAAUACAGCGGGAACUGGUGGUAUGACCGCACAUCUUCUUACGGCAGCGUUACCAGCACUUCAAGUAACUACGACAUGAUAUCACCCGCAUUCUGGCUGGUCAAAGGCAAUUAUAUCAAAAUAACCCGAAGUGAUGACAGCUCCAACACAGCCUUGUUACAAACCAGCAGCUGCUCUGGAGGCAAAACCUUCAGAAGCUUCCUAACAAGUUACGGUAACUUCAGAAAUGGUGCUGUCUGGAACAGCAAUGCGUGUCGCAGAAGAUGCUAUAUCUCCAAUUAUGGUGGCAGCUAUUCAUCUACAGUGGGCUUCAGUCAAACGCGCUGCAGCAGCAAUCUUCAAAGUAGUCGUUACUUGGGAUUCUGGUGUGACUGGAGUAGUGGUGAUGGAGCUGUAAUGAUGAUCGGUGGAGGAGGAAAUUAUUGCAAAAGGGCAGAUCAUGGGAUUGGUAUCACAGAAGAGGGUAAUGCGAGGUUCAACAGAUACCCGGGAGGCUGCGAAAGAGACUUUGGUGAUGACUGCAACUACUCCAACAGCUACUCCCUCAAUCUGUGGAUUAAGUAGCUUGAUCGUUACGCUCGUCUUUGUAAGAAUCAGAACGGAAUAGUGAUUUAGAGAUAACAUUAAUUGAAAAGCUUUUGAAUAGGUUGUUCUUUUAUUAACCCAGACUCGGAAUAAAGAGUUAUCACGAUCGUGAAAUUGGAAUUUGUCAGAAAAGGCGGCACUCUGCAAAACGUGAUGGACAAGUUAGUCUUAAAAAAUCUAAUUCCCCAUUCACACCAGCAAAAUAUAUUUCGUCAAACCAAGUUUAGCUACAUGAAAUCAGAAUCAGAGAACUGGAAAACUCAGUGAAUUUUCCAUAGGAUUCAUGUAGUCACAAAUUUUGAAGUCGACUAACAUUGGUUUACGCAGGUUCUAUGAAGAGGACAGUUUAAAACCAUUUUUGACCAAACAGCUUUAAAACAUGUUUAAGCGUUAGCGUGAAUGGGGUAAAAGACUUUAACCUUUGUAAUUACCAAGAUUGCUUUGAAGUUAUUUUGAUUUAUAAAGUAGAAUCACUUUUCCGUUAAAAGAAUCUAAUGCAAAUGUGACACCAAAAUGAGCUGAAUAAACUUUUUCCACAUUUCA